ACAUACGGUACGAUACACGGAGCAGCGCCUAUAGUGAGAAAGCAGCGUAUAUACCAAGCGGUGUCUCUGAUUGAUCUGCAAAGCCAGCGCCAGUUGCCGCACGUUUCCGCCUUCUCGACUCGACGCUCGAGCUGUGUAGACGUAAGAGCCUACGCGCGACCCUUACAACGCCUCAUUCGUUUCCAAGAGACAGAGAAAAAGUUGUUACACGUCGCCACCGACCCUUGGUGUCAACCUCGUUAGUUUUGCACCCGCUAUCACUUGAUAACGAAACACAAUUAGCAGCAAUAUGGCCGAGCAGGAGAACAAGGACUUCAGCGAAGACGUUGCCGAGCAGAAUUUCGAGCAGAAUGGCGAAGCUGAAAACGGUGGUGCCAACGCCAACGCUGCCGGCGGCGGAGGUGACGCCACCGAGAACGGACAGGAAAAUCAAGAAGACAGGUCUUCUAUGGACAACCAGGAUUUGCUGAAUGAUAGGAAACUAUUUGUGGGUGGACUAAGCUGGGAAACAACAGACAAGGAGUUGAGAGAUCACUUUAGUACAUUUGGUGAUAUCGAGAGCAUCAACGUCAAAACAGAUCCCACUACUGGUCGUUCAAGAGGAUUUGCCUUCAUUGUUUUUGCCAAAGCUGAAUCUUUAGAUAAGGCUAUGGCUCAUGGAGAUCACAUUAUAAAUGGUAAAAAAGUUGAUCCAAAGAAAGCAAAAGCACGCCAUGGUAAAAUUUUUGUCGGUGGACUUUCCACGGAAUUGUCUGAUGAAGACAUUAAAUCAUUUUUUGGCAACUUUGGAACUAUCAUCGAAAUGGAAAUGCCAUUUGAUAAAACCAAAAACCAAAGGAAAAACUUCUGUUUCAUUACCUUUGAGUCGGAAGCUGUAGCUAAUGAGCUUCUGAAAAAUUCUAAACAAUCCAUCAAUGGCAAAGAUGUUGAAGUUAAAAAAGCCACCCCUCGACCUGAUAUGGGAGGCAUGAGAGGCAUGGGUAGAGGAGGACGCGGAGCUAGAGGAAGCCGUGGUCGAGGUUUUGGUGGUCAAGGAGGAUGGGGACAAGGUGGUUAUGGUGCCGGCUAUGGCAGUGGUUACGGAGGCGGCUAUGGAGGUGGCUAUGAUGGAUAUGGUGGUAACUAUGACUACUAUGGCGGUGGCUAUGGUGGUUAUGGUGGCUAUGACUAUGCAGGAUAUGGUCAUUCAUCAUUUAAUAAUCGUAACUCGUCAAAUCAUCAUUCCACAGCAAAGACUCGUCAUCAUUAUCAAGACUCUAAUGCGCAACCGCGUAUGCAUCAACAGUCAAUGAACAAAGUGAAUCAUCGAGCAUCUUAGUUAAUAAAUCAUUAUCAUCAUCAUUAGAAGUAUUUUGACAUUGUGUCCAAGCUUUGCCAAAAAAGCUGUUACAGCUCAAUUUCAUCCUAAAGAUGAACAGAGCAAUACUUGUAUAGACAUAUAAGUGGCAUAAGAUAUUUACUUCUUUAUUUCUGCCUCAAAUAAUAAUCAUUCUGUCUUCGAUUUAUACACAUUCUAAUCUGAAUUCUUAAUAUGAUAAAUUGGUUGAUGAUGUAACAUUAGUUGUAAUAUCCAAUUAAAAUUUCCCGAUAUAGUGGUUAAAAUUAAAAUUUUUCUUUUUUUUUUAUAAUUUAUAAAUUCAUAAAGUUUUUCAAGUCUAAUUUGAAUGUUUCCAAUUUUGGAAAAUAUUCUACCUUAUGUUUUCAAUUAAGGCUGCUCACGAUGAUUUAGUUGUCACAAUUAAAAUAGAAAUCUCUGAUAAAAAUUCACCUUAUUCAAACAACUCACAUUUUAUUUACUAUUGAUGAAUUAAAAUAGUAAUCAGUGUACAUAGUGAUUGAUUUCAAACUUUGUUUUGUCAUGAUAAUUGAAUAAUUGUUUUUCUCUCAAUAAUAUAGAACGAAAAUUACUUCAUUACUACUAUAAAAUAGAAUGUUUUUUAUAAAUUAAUCACUUGAAAUAUUUGCGCUAAGUUAUAACUAGAUAUAAAUGUACAUAUAUUCUUUUAAUGUAAAAGGAAAUGAUUUCAGACGAAAUUAUUGCCUAAUUCUUCGUUCGAACGCAAAAAUUAUAGGGGUAUUAAAAAUUUUGCUGCAAUUACAGCUUUAUUAUUCUGAAAGCAUAUAAUUAUGCUUUAAAUAUUUGUCCAUAAGUAACGAUAGAGUUUUAUUUUACUCUGUUGAAACUAAUUUGUAAUAUCUGUCAUGAAAUAUUAAUUAAAAGCAUUGUAAGCGGUUCUCCAAUUGAACUGUAUUUUCUUUAUCAACCUGAUCAUGAAAUAAAAUUAUAAUCCAAUCUAAA